AUGUAUGGUAUGUCACCUUCAGGAGGAUGGUGGUGCUACCCUAAAAAAUGGAAAUCAAAUACAGCUAUUUGUAUUACAGGAAUGUCACUUAUUGUUCUUUGGAUCUGGAAAGUCAGUGCGGAAAAAGAAUGGAGAUACCGUCAGCCAUCAAGAUGGAUUCCUUCUUCGAUGUGGUGCAAACAGCUAAAAGAAACAAAGUCAUAA